GUCUUGCUAUCUGGGCCCCUAUUUGCAUAGAAGGCACAUACCAAUGUUUGAUUCGAGAAGCUGGUUUUGGGUAUCAUACCAAAGGAUAUUAUUGUGAAUCAAUGGCAAAGAAACUUUCACAGGGAUUUAAGGCGGAGUCAAAACAUAUGUCUGAACCUUUGAAGCUUCUUUGUUUGAUUGGAAAAUAUGUAGAAAAGGUAUACGGCAACCAGUUCUAUGGACGUGCACACAAUUUAAACAUGAAGUUGACAAAAGCUUAUGACGAGGCAUUAAAGAAGUAUGACGUCAUCAUAAUGCCGACACUGCCAUAUAAAGCACCCCUGUUGCCGACAAAAGAUUCUACUAUCAAAGAACGCUUGAAAGAGACCUUAGGUAUGGUUCAAAAUACAGCGCCUUUUAACAGCACAGGACACCCCGCACUGACAAUUAACGCGGGAAAAUCUGAAGGUCUGCCAAUCGGGAUGAUGAUUGUAGGAAAUCAGUUUGAGGAUGCCAAGGUCAUUCAAGCUGCAUACGCAUUUGAACAACUACAAGGAAAAUAAAGCGGGAAUAUUAAGAAGGACUUCCGUUAAAUAAAUUUAGAUUGAAUACGAAUUGGAAAAACUUUUAUAAUAUUAUAUAAUUCACACUUUUAUUUCGGCUUAGGACACUAGUAUUCAAAUUUGAAGUGAACGAAAAUAUAGAAUCUAGAAUCUAGACAAUUUUUGUAAAAGUUAUAGAAUUUGUUCUUGACAAAUAAUUUUAUAGAGAAUGAACUUUAAUGAUAUGUGCGAAAAACUCCUACAUGUAUAAAUGUUCUACACCUUAUUUCUACAUAUCUAUAAAUGCAGGUCGAAAACCAGGACAGGACAACAUUUCUAUAAUUCAAAUAUUUGGCCAUUAUGUUCAUUUCAUUUUUUUCGCUAUUUGAGAAGUGCUCUCUGAGUAUUGUUUAAUGUGUGAGUUUUUUACUAUAUUUUACAAUAUUAUUUUAACAUCACUCACUAUACAUAUACAGUUUUCUAAUUUAACAAGACCUCUAUUCAAAUAGAUUUGCAUAAAAUGCAAUAUAAACGUUGUAUGCAUAAUAAGAUAAAUUGUAUUUCAUCCAGAAUUAUAAAAUUUUAUCAUGUUUAGCCAUUACUAUAAGCACACUGUAUAUAUUGUACUAUUUCUCACACAAUGAACACCCCUGCACUUCUCGUACUUACCAGAGCUACAACCCUUAUCUUUUAAGAAGUUUGAAAUACACAUCAUCAUAAAAUAGCUAGCUCCUUGAAAAGGAAUGGUUGAACCCUUAAAAAGAUACAUACAAAGUAACAGGUGCUGUUGCUUAGAUCGUCGAUUAUGUGACGAGAAAUAUGCGCAUGCAUUUAUACUUCUUUGUUAAUUCAUAUUCUCCUUUAUGCGUUAAUUUACAUAUACGGAUGCUAAUUUUAAUAAAUCAUCAUAAUAAAGAAACGUGUAAACCAAAUCUGCAACGAAUUUAUUUUUGCUGCCUUUAAUUGUAUGACUUUUCACUAUUUUAUCAGUUUACAUGAAUGCUAAUGAAUUUCUUUUUGGAAGGCUUCAUGUCGCCUUAUUUAUAUUGCAGUUUCCCGUUGCA